UGGGAAAUAGUGCUGUCACACUGUGGUGUAAGGAUGUUGGAGAGGGAGCUGUCAGGAGCAGGCUUCGAAAAGUCCAGCAAAUUGAUUAAAUCUUUACCACCUGACCUGUUUGCUGAACUGUGUCAGCAAAUUGUUACCUAUCUGCAGUGUCAGAGUGUUGGAGUGGAUCAGAUUCAUUUUUGUCAGAGAUUUCAAGCGGUUGGUGUGGAAACCAGCGCUGAUGAAGUUAGAAAUGUGAUCAAUGCAGUGACCUGCCUUUUCAGUACUGCUGCAAAGCACAGACUUUCAAGUGAUGCACUAUUAAAUUUUGUUGUAAACAAAUACAAAUUGCCAAAGCAGAUCUUGCAAGUCAUCCGUCAUGUGUGGAAUGAGGAGGGAAAAACUCUGUUAGAGAAUGAAGGAUCCAAAGAUUUGUUACCGGCCUUGCAACUUGUCGAUUUUCAGUGGAAAAUUGGAAUGGCAGUUAGUUCAGACAACUGCCGAUCCCUAAAUCAUCCAUAUGUGACUGUGUCAUUAAAAGUGGCAGAUUCUUCUGGUCAGGUCACAAAUAAAGUCUUUGAGAUGUCUAUUGCUGAGUUUCAGAAUUUUCACAAACAAUUCAAAGAGAUGUCUGCUGCUUUAGAAACUGUUUAA